GGACGCCAAAUUGUCCGCCAACACCACGCUCCCACUCCCCGACACUCUCGACACUUUGCACCGCCCACACCAGCGCCGCUCUCCUGCACUGUUGCUGCCGCCAUAGUCACUCGACGCCGAAUCCACACCCCUACUUGACCAGCAGCCCGCCCUCGCACCGCACCAUGGCCGAGUCAGCGACCCCAAUUGGCAUUGCCAAUGUGCCCAACCAGAGGCACAAGAUUGUCGCCAAGCGCGGUGCAGCCUUCACCAUCAUGGUUGCCGGCGAGUCUGGCCUCGGAAAGACGACCUUCAUCAACACGCUCUUCUCCACCACCAUCAAGAACUAUGCCGACCACAAGCGACGACACCACAAGCAGAUGGACAAGACGGUCGAGAUUGAAAUCACAAAGGCCGAGCUCGAGGAGAAGUUCUUCAAGGUCCGCCUGACCGUCAUCGACACCCCCGGCUUCGGCGACUACGUCAACAACCGCGACUCGUGGCAGCCCAUCAUCGAGUUCCUCGACGACCAGCACGAGUCGUACAUGUUGCAGGAGCAGCAACCGCGCCGUACCGAUAAGAUCGAUCUCCGGGUCCACGCCUGCCUGUACUUCAUCCGUCCCACCGGCCACACACUGAAGCCCCUGGACAUUGAGGUCAUGAAGAAGCUCUGCACCCGCGUCAACCUGAUCCCCGUCGUCGCCAAGGCAGACACGCUCAGCCCCACCGACCUCAACAAGUUCAAGCAGCGCGUGCGCCAAGUCAUUGAUGCUCAGGGCAUCAAGAUCUACACGCCCCCGCUGGAGGACGACGACGCGGCCGCCAUGCAGCACGCCCGCAGCCUGAUCGACGCCAUGCCCUUCUCCGUGAUAGGAUCCGAGAAGGACGUGCAGACCAACGACGGCCGCACCGUCAAGGGCCGACAGUACGCCUGGGGUGUUGCCGAGGUCGAGAACGAGGAGCACUGCGACUUUAAGAAGCUUCGCGCCAUCCUCAUCCGCACCCACAUGCUCGACCUGAUCCACACCACCGAGGAGAACCACUACGAAGCAUACCGCGCAAUGCAGAUGGAGACGCGGAAGUUUGGCGAGGCCCGCCCAAGAAAGCUGGACAACCCCAAGUUCAAGGAGGAGGAGGAGGCUCUCCGCAAGCGCUUCACGGAGCAGGUCAAGGUCGAGGAACAGCGAUUCAGGCAGUGGGAGCAGAAGCUCAUUGCGGAGCGCGACCGCCUCAACAAGGACCUCGAGGCCAGCCACGCCGAGAUCAAGCGUCUCGAGACCGAAGUCGACUCGCUCCAGGGCAGCAUCAACCGCUCGCACGGCCGUCGUUAAGUUUUGCUUGGACAUGGAUAGGAGUGGCACCGACGAUCAUGGGGUGGUGGCUCGCGACAGUAUUUCUUCUAGAUUCCCCUCCUUUGUUUGUAUGUUUGUAAUGUCGCGUCGCGAUGGGAUGGGAUGGGAUGGGAUAGGAUCAGUGGGUGUGUUCCUGGCUGUGUAGGAGAAGUGUUCUUGGCAGACCAAGGCGCCCGGCUUUGUGACUUGGUAGAAUAAUCUAGCUGUUGCAUCCUUG